AUGGCCACCACUACAGUCCCGCCACCACCACUACCAACACCACUACCACCUCCUCCCGCCUCAGAAGGCCCGUCACAGGAUUCGCAGCGGCGAAGACGGCCACGGCAUCGUCACAGAACCACGACGGAGCAACAAGAGGGUGGCCCUGCUGGACAGCCUGCACAGAGAGGGGACCGCAGUAGUAGAGGGCGGGGGAGAGGGGGCCAUAGUGAAGCUGCGAGGCCUUCAGCUCCCAAUGCACCUGCCGCCCUCGCGCUGGUACCGCAGUCUGUGCAAGAGGCUGCACACCGAAACGGUGGCCGGGCAGAUCGCGGUCGUGGACGUGGCAGAGGUGGUGUGGGGAGAUUCGCACAGCGCGUAGCUGCCGGUGGUCGUCAGUUUGGGGGUCAAUUGACUGUCGAGGGCGAUGCUGCUUCCCACGUCGGCCCACAGCCAGGCCAGCCAGGCCUCAAACCAGAUGCAGCCCCCUUUCAGCCCGGCCAACCCAUUGCCCCGCGCAAAUCGCGACCGCCACGAGAGAAGCGACCGCAGGCACCAAAGUCCACCGCCGCCGACAUCGCGACCAGAACGCACGAGGACAUUGACAAUGGGCACUACGAGUGUGCUAUUUGUACAGAAGACGUCAAGCGACAUUCAAAAGGCGUCUGGUCGUGCAGAACGUGCUGGACAGUGUUUCACUUGGGCUGCAUAAAGAAGUGGUCGACCAACGAGGGUUCUGCCGCCGCUCGGCAACAGGUUGCAGAUGGUGAGCUACCCCCUCCUAGGCAAUGGCGAUGCCCAGGCUGCAAUCUGCCAAAGGACGUACUGCCCAAGAACUUUCACUGCUGGUGUGAGAAGGAGUUGGACCCUAGAUCAUUACCUGGCCUUCCCCCGUUUUCUUGUGGUCAAACGUGCGCUAGACCUCGGGUUCUACCCAAGAAAUGUCCUCAUCCAUGUGGCUCUACGUGCCACGCUGGCCCUUGCCCUCCCUGCAGCCUGAUGGGUCCGACCCAGCACUGCUUCUGUGGCAAAAAUUCCAUUACUCGUCGUUGCGUUGAUACCGACUACGAGCAUGGCUGGAGUUGUGGAGAGAUCUGUGGACUAGUCAUGUCUUGCGGGGAGCACAGAUGCCUCGAGCCAUGUCACGAUGGCCCUUGUGGAUCUUGUGAGGUUCGAGUUCCAGCGCGCUGCUACUGUGGCCAAGUUCAGAAAGAUAUACCGUGCCAUGAUCGAGCAGAAGAAAAGCGUAGUCGUCAAUCUUGCCAUAAUGAUGAUGGUACCGAGGUCGUCGAGGAGUGGACGGGCACAUUUCAAUGCCCGAAUCCGUGUGGCCGAAUGUAUGAUUGUGGAAAGCAUGUUUGCAAAACUCCUUGUCACCAACAAGAUGCCAACGCUCCCCAUUGCCCGCGAUCACCGGAUCUCGUGUCCCGCUGCCCUUGUGGCAAGACGAAAUUGAAGGACAUGUCUCAGCCAGCACGAACAGCUUGCAACGACCCGAUACCGAAUUGCGACAAACCCUGCGCUCAGCUACUCCCGUGUGGUCACCAGUGUGAACAACUUUGUCAUCAGGGAGAGUGUCGGCCUUGUCUCAACAGGAUUACAAUAUCGUGUCGAUGUCAGCGUACUGCCUCCAAUACCAUAUGUCAUCAAGGGUACAUUGAGCCCCCACAAUGUACGCGAGUUUGUCGCGUUUCGCUGAAUUGUGGGCGCCAUAUGUGUGGGGAACGCUGCUGUGCUGGCGAGAAGAAGGCCGGCGAGAGGCAGUCGAAUCGCCGAAAAGCAAGACCGCUGGAUUCGGCACCUCGCCGGCCUGGUGACGACUUUGAAGCUGAACACAUUUGCACUCGCAGUUGUGACCGACAACUGAAAUGUGGGAACCCAGAGCACCGUUGCCAAGAACUAUGCCACAAAGGGCCUUGUGGGACUUGUCGCGAUGCCAUCUUCGAUGAGCUCAGUUGUCAUUGUGGUCGCACUGUUCUUCAACCGCCACUGCCUUGCGGUACGAAUCCUCCACCAUGUCGGUUCAAGUGUGAGCGACCCAAAGACUGUGGACACCCACAGCUUGAUCAUAGCUGUCAUGGCGACGACCAGGACUGUCCGAAAUGCGCUUAUUUGACCACAAAGACUUGCUUGUGUGGGAAGAGCGUUCUGAAGAACCAGCCUUGUUGGCUCAACGAGGCUCACUGUGGCCAAGUGUGUGGGCGCACCCUGAAAUGCGGUACACACAAAUGCCAAAAGCAGUGUCAUCGACCCGGACAGUGCGAUGAGGCAUGCACCCAGUCUUGUGGCAAAGAGCUCAGUGCAUGCGGACACCCUUGCAUGGCACCUUGUCACUUCCCUCGAGCUUGCAAAGAAGAGCAGCCCUGUUCUCAGAAGAUUUUCGUCACCUGUGAAUGCCAGAGGAUCAAGCAGGAAGCCAAGUGCGGUGCAUCGAAACAUGGUGACGGUAACCUGAAGCGAGUCCUCAAGUGCGAUGAGGAGUGUGCACGCCUUGAACGGAAUCGGAAGCUGGCUCUUGCCCUCAAUGUGGAUCCGGAGCACCAAAAUGACCAUAUCCCGUACUCAGAAGCUACGCUGAACAUGUAUCAACAAAAUUCUACUUGGGCAGCUGCGCAGGAGAAACAGCUCAGACUUUUCGCCGCAGAUCCAGAGCGGAAUCGCCUUCGUUUCAAGCCAAUGCCGAGGAAUCAACGAGCAUUUGUUCACUCGCUCGCGGAAGACUUUGGGUUUGAUUCAGAGAGUAUGGAUCCCGAGCCUCAUCGGCAUGUCGCAAUCUUCAAAACACCUCGCUUCGUAAUGGCACCUAUGAGGACCUUGGCAGAUUGUGCGAGGACUCGUCAAAUGCGACAGCGUGUUGCACCAGUACCCGUGGCCACUUCAGCCGCUACAUUACGACCCAAGCCGAGCAACACGAGUGGUGAUCCUUACAACGCCUUCAUCAUUCUGAAUCCGCGCUUCGCUCUCACCAUCGAAGAAAUCAAUGUUGUGCUCAAGACCGUGCUUGCGACGACAUCGUUCAGACUCGAUUUAGAAGUGAAUUUCCUUCCCAGCGAAGCGGUAGCCCUGAAACCCCCACUAGCGGCACGUCUCAGUAUUCCUGAUCUCGAGAUGCAGACUAUGCUCGAGUCGAUCAAAGAACCGCUAUCGCAAGAGUUCAUCUCACAGAAGAUAGGAGGAAAUUUGCAGCUUGCACGGCUUGACUCUUCGCUCAACGUUUUACGAAAGGAAUCCGAUAUCGGCCCUGGUAGUGGCUGGAGUCAAGUUGCAGCCUCAAAAGGUGUUCCGCUUCGCCAAUUACCCAGCAGCAUACCAUUUGGCAAUAAGGGAGGAUUUGCAGUUUUAAGUCUUAGCAGCACAAAGAAAAAGAAAAAGAAGUCUCCUGAGGUUGUUGAGGAUUGGGAGGCAGCAGAGGAAGAGGCCGAAAAGGAGGAGAAGGAGAAGGUCGGCGGGCUCAACAGUGGCAUCGUUAGCGAGGAUGAGGGAUCGGCAUCAUGUCCUCGUAGCGCGGCCGGCAAGAGAGAUGUAGAUCAGGAAGAAGAGGAAAUUCAGAGGGAGAAAGAGCCGCUUGCCAAACAGCCUACUCUUGGACGCUGGGCAGAUCUGGAGGAUGACUGA